AUGUCAGAUUUUUUGUCACGAGUCGUACCGCGUGGUGCGUUCUUUCACUCGCUUUACCACUCUACAUACACUAUCCCCGUCGGCAAAGACCUUCUCAGUUCACCGACCUUCAAUUUCAUCAACCCACGACACCAUCUCGUCAACACCGACAAGGUCUCUCAACAUAUCCCGGCCAGUGCCGCCGCAGGAUUGAGCGACGAAGAGAUCCUGUCUCUCUUCACCGGGGGCUUCUUUGGCGGCUUCGUCUUCCGCAUCGAAAGCUGGCUGCUGAGGAUGGCGGGCGCGCGCUUCUUGCCCGCCCGCUACACCAGCUUCCAGCCAGAGCCGCAAGCCGUCACCAUCCGGAGACCGUCCGCCAUUCCGAGCCGCCAACUGCUCCCCGUUGGCAGUCUCUUCUUCAACUCCUUUCUGCUCGUGGACAAGCACAUCGCCGCUCUUGACGCCACGCCGUCCAAACCUGUCGAAACGGUCGACGUCAACUCGUAUGUCGACUACGGCUUCGGUUCCGACACGUCCCGGUUUGCCGGCUGCCAUCGCUUCCGCGUCACAAGGCUGCCGCCCACGCCGGAGACGAGCGAUGCCCAAAUCCGAAUCGACCUCGAGCACUUUCGGUGCAAUCCGCGAGAAAAUGUGCCGUCGUUGGCUGAACCCAUCCAGUGGUUCCAUUUCCUCUACGCAAAGGCACUCUUCGCGAACGGCAUCCAGGCGCUGUUGAAACGGUGA